GUCAGAUGUUUGUUUUUGCAUUUUUUGAUUUUUGCAGACCAGUAAUCAGGACCAUCAGGACUUUUUUUUACCAAAAUAUGGUUUAUUGCCGCUGUAUUCUUAAUUAUCUUCAAAAAAGAAUAUAACAGAUAACAGCUUCAUUAAUUGCUAUAUCGAAGAAACGUGAAAACCCAGUUUAAAAGUUAUCAUAGGUCAACAAAUGUUGUGAUAAGGGGUUUCCCCAGUAUUUUGAGUAUUUUCCUCAAUCACAUAUUAUUCACUAUAUUGUGCUAUAAUCUUUAGAACAAGUGUAAUACUGCGUCAUGUUCCAAAACGUAGAACUUCGGAAGCUCCCUGCAGAUGCGCUGUGCAAAGUUGUCAGUAUUUUAGAGAUAAACAAUGAUUGGAAGAGGGUUAUGUCUAUUAUACCAAAAAACUUACAAAGUGAAGAAUUUGAACCUAAAUACAACAAUGAACAAAUGCGAAUGAUAGAAGAGCAUGCAAAAUCUACGAAUCAGAAAUGUGCUGAUAUCCUUAUGGAUGAGUGGGGUACAUCAGGCAGGUUCCGACCCACACUGAGCACAUUGAAGGAAAUUUUAAUCAAAGCCCAAAUAUUCAGGGCUGCUGAUGAAAUUGCUAUAAUGUUGAAUGAAUCCUUACCUGUGCGCCCAAGUUACGGCCCCGCUGCACCGGUUGCUACAAAUGUGACAGAAACGUUAAAAGAUGAAAGUGCAGAACAAAGGUUACAAGACAUGAGCACAGCUGUGAAAUCAAAUACAGACCAAAUGUGUAACGGGCCUACAAGGCAGAUGAAAUCCAUAAGUGAUAUGAUGGAAUUCACCAAGACAUGCAGCAAUCAAAUGGGACCAGCUCAAGUAAAAUCUGCAACUGAUUUAAUAGAAUUUUCAAAACAACAGCAAACCCAGGAGUCUAUGAAUAUACCAGAUUUGAGUGCUAUGCUUGGCAAGACUAAAAGUACUAGUUUACAAUCAGCUACCUCUACCAAUGAGUCAAUAGACUCUGAAAGUUCUAAACUGAACAGCACACAAAAUAAUGCAAACAUUACUAUGCAUUACCCAGAAACAUUUCAGACCUCCUUUCCAAAUAUUAACAUUUCCACAGAAAUAGAUAGUGCCAUACUCCAAGACACUAAUUUAAUUCAUUUUGACUAUGGUGUUUUAGAUUCUAUUACAGGAAAUUUUUCUGAGUUGUUAAUUAAUGAUCCUAAUCAUGGUCUUAAGGGCAGAAUAGGGAGUGGAGGCUUUGGAGAUGUAUUUGUUGGAAAAGAUUCAACUUACGGAAUGCUCGCUGUUAAAAAAGCUCACAGUCACUUAGCCAUACACCGUAGACCAGAGAUUGCAAUGAGAAUAUUUAACGCAGAAGUUAAAUACCUCUCACAGUUCAGACACAAUAAUAUUGUUCCUAUACUGGGUUUCUCUAUGAAUGGACCUGCUCCUUGCAUUGUUUGUGAAUAUAUUGAUGGUGGUUCACUACAGCAGAACAUUGAAGCAAAAAGAUUGAAUGAACUUCAAAGAAUUAAUAUAAUGGUAGGAACAGCGGAAGGCUUGAAAUAUUUGCAUACUAGUGACACAGAAAAUAAGGAGGGCAGUUCAAUAUUAGAUGUAGUUGGGGAAUCUGAUUCACAAAACUCUACAAAGCAUUUUGUUCAUGGAGAUGUUAAAACUGCUAAUAUACUAUUGACAACAGAUUGUGUUCCAAAGCUAUGUGACUUUGGCUUGGCCAAACAAUAUGAUUCAACAUUUGUUACAACAUAUCCAAUGGGAACCUCAGCGUACAUGGCACCAGAGGGUCUGCAUGGCACCAUCACACAAAAAAUCGACAUUUUCAGUUUUGGUAUAGUACUUUUGGAACUACUGACAGGUUUGAAGCCUAUUGUCGAAAAUGAUAGAGAAAAUAUUAACAUAAAACAUUAUGUUGAAGAGAAUGUUGUCAACAAUGAUAUUACGCCGUUAUUGGAUCCUGUUGUUAAAAUAUGGGUAAAAGCUGAUGAGGUCUAUAAAUUAGCCAAAAUGUGUUUAGAGUAUAACAGGAAAAGUCGACCAACUAUUGUUGAAGUUUGUGAUAUUUUGAAUAGAAUUCUGAAUGACUAGGAACAUAUCGCAGACUUAGGGUCUACUUACUUUAAACCAUAGGGUCAUAUAAGCAAAACUACGAUUUUUUUUUUAAUGAUAGUCAAUUUCAAUAUUAGCAAAAGCGGGCAAAGCUACAGCGACGCGACGCGCCUCUUCGGACGGCUCCCUAUUAUGAUUUCUGCUCAAAGUCAAAGUCAAAAUCAUUUAUUCAAAGUAGGUACAAUUGUAUGGUCGGAAUUGUUAAAUUUGUACGAUAUAGCGGUGAUAAAAUUAAUUACGUAACUUAAAACUAAAGCUACGAGGGUUCCAAACGCGCCCAAGUCAUUGCACUUACUUAUCUCAUAAGCGAGAGAAAGAUAAAGUUUGCGCGAUAAAAAGAGAGGUCUGCUAAAUUUUAUGCUGAAUAUUGUGUGAGCUGAAUUGCGUCGAAACAAGAGUCGAAAGUAGUUAUAAAUCUUUGCAGAGAGAACCUUCUGUAUCUGUAAAAUAAUUAAAUACUUAAUAGUAAUUAGCAACAACAAAGUAAUUUAGUUGUUUGCAUCUCCUAAAAAAUAAGGGUACUGUGAGUAGACCGCUAUGGAUUGAAGGGCACAAUAUUGGACUAAGAGCCUGUGAGGGACCUUUGAUGUUUUAUAAAAGGAGAAAAUCUCUAUGCGCACCCUAAGGGCGUCUAGUAGGAAAUUGGACGAUACUAAGUGUCUGGCAAUGCAUGAAGUGAUAUCUACUACUAUAUUAUAAAAAAAUACACUUUAUACUUUGAUGAAAGACUUUAUACACCUUUGUUACCUGUUAUCUGCCAAAGCCAGUGUUUCGAACGUCAGAGUCGCUGAUCGUUCCUCCUGUGUUUGGGACAAUGCACAGAGAAACUAUCAGCUUUCAUAAAAUAACGCAGGUCUGACCCUCACAGGCUCUUUGUCUAUAUUUUUUAUUCAUAAUUCUAAAUUCGGAAUUGUUUAAAAUCAUGAUAAUAAAUCGCAUAAGAAUAAACUGUGAUCUUGAAACAUUUUAUUUAGAACUGUGAUUAAGAAAUGAAAUAUAUUAUGUACAGAUAAAUAUACCUAUUUGUGAGUUAUUUUACUGAAUAUAGAUUUUAAGAUAUAAA